CUUGUAAACAUUGAAGCUUAACAUGUAAAAAAUAAAAAAACAAACUUUCAGUUGCAUUCUUAUCCUUUAAAUUCGUUUACAUUGCUUAACUAAAUUUCAAAACAUUUCAAAACAUACAACUUCUCCAAUUGAACGUAUUUCUCACCUGUCCAUUCACCCGGUAUAAAUUAUACUUUAGUCAACAUGUCCCGUCAACUCUGCGUUCUUUGCUUACACGUUUUCGACAACGGCGACACCACAGCAAAAUAUACCCGGACAAUCGAAAUCGCAACCCUUUACAAAUUAUUAGCACCUAAUUCCAAAUACGGUCAUCCAUCCGAAUUUGAGGGAAACGAGAUAUGCGAAUUUUGCGAUGAUUGUUAUCCAAUAUUCAGCACGAUGGAAGAUAUUAAGGCUCAAAUCUCACUGCUGGAAAAUGAAAUUGGGUCAAAAGUUAAGCAAAUUCAAGCCACAAUUUUGGACGCUUCCUCACAGCUACAAAAUAAUGGGGAUGAUGAAGAAGGGAAAAUUAUCCAAAUUCGUAACAUGAUUCUGCGCGUUACAAGAAAGACUGAUGAACAACUUGAAAGUUUUGUAUCAGGCGAGGUUCAAGUCAAAUUGGAACACGACAUGGGUGAUAUUAGUCCCCUCGGUGAUCUGGGGGAUCAAUUCUUCGAUGACGACGACUACAAUUCCUACUCUCAGCCAAGUGUCGAAAAAACAAAGGAGGAAGAGACUGAUGAUUUACUUAAUGAAAAUGACGACGACGACACAGCUUUUUGUAUUACUCCUUGUUCCCAAAAGAGGUCGAGGGGAAGGCCAAAAAAGGCGUCAAAAAACAAGGCAAUAACCCCCGGCAUCAAACGAAAAAGAAAAGAUUCUCCCUUACGAAAGAAACAAUCAAAAUCAAAAACAAACUCGAAACGAAUUAAACUAGAGCACCAUCAAUCUCACAGCGUUCAAGCGACACGGUCCUCAACACGUGUCAAAAACUCAACCGUCUCAUCCAAUGGUAACAAAACUCUUGUCGUUUCGCUGAAAAGGAUCCGUCCGAUUAAAAAAUCCACAUCAAUAUCAAACUCAGGAUCAUCAGAAGAGGAAGAAACAAAACUUAAACGUUGGGACGACAAGGAUUGGGCUCCCACAAGUGAAGAUAAAAUCAAUCCUACCAACUGUCACAAGUGUACUUUCUGCUCCAAAUCUUUCACCAAAGAAUCAGUCCUUAACCUUCAUAUCAGGCGUCUUCACUAUCUCCCUUGCAUCGUGCCGUUAUGCACCGUUAGGUUAAGUGGCAAGCGAGCCAUGGACGACCACUUGAACCGUGCCCAUGAGGGCUACGCCCCGUAUCAAUGUCGAAUUUGUAAGAAAAAAUGUCGUCGCCAAAACGAAAUGGCUGCUCACAUGGUGAUUCGACAUGAAACAGGAGAGAAGAAAUUCGCCUGUGUCAAAUGUGAGAAGAGGUUUUGCCUCGAAGACAAUUUUGAGAGACAUAUGAAACUACACGAAAUCGAGGGGAUCAAACCACUUGUUUGUGACGUUUGUGAUGCCAGAUUUGAAAACGAGGAGAAACUGAAUCGACAUUCAGAGACACAUGACCCGAGAAAUAAGUUUCGAUGUCAAGUUUGUGGAAAAGGAUGCCUCGAUAAGACAGCGUUGGAAAAACAUACGCGUACCCACACUGGCGAAAGGAAAAGAGAGAAAUGCCCCCACUGUGACGCCAUGUUAGGCGACAAGGUCUCCCUGCAGCGUCAUCUCAUUCGAGACCACUCAUCAGCAUCUGCAGAACAUAUUUGCCACAUUUGUGGGAAAGGGUACUAUCUUUCCAUCGAUCUUAAAACGCACCUGGCUCGCCACGAAGGAAAAUAUCAAUCCAAGUGCGACACGUGUGGCGAAACUUUUCGAGUAUUCAGCAGUUUGCAAACUCACCUUAUCGUAGCGCACGGGAAGGACCCCUACGUUUGCGAUGAAUGCGGUGGUACUUAUACUUCGUUCGAUGGAUUAAAAAGACACAAAAAAAUCCACACGGGAGUGAAAAAGCACAAAUGCCAUACUUGUGGCGCCAGGUUUAUUCGCGCGACGGAACUUACAAGUCACGUGCGAACUCACACGGGGGAGCGACCAUUCCCUUGCCCCCACUGCGAAAAAGCCUUCAAGGUCAAGAAACAAUUGGGUGUGCACGUGGAGCGUAUCCACACUCCUGGCUAUGUCAUUCCCACUCCUCACAAAUGUCCCCAUUGUGGCAAAGCAUUCCAAUUCCCUGUUCUUCUGGAGGGCCACAUCCGUCAAGCUCACACGGGGGAGCGGCCCUUCACUUGUGACAUGUGUGAGAAACGGUUCGCCAUCAAGUCAGCACUACUUCUGCAUUUAAAAGGCACCCAUGGCGUCGUUUCUACGAAGAAGGAUAGACUGCCGAGGGGAAAAAAAGAUGCGCUACGAGAAGCGGAAGUAGAGGAAGGAAAUACUUAAUUAUUAAAGUUCAAAUUUAAAAAAAACUAUAAGCGUAAACUGUAGUAAUUAAGUUUUUAGUUUUCAAUAAAUACUAAUUUAGAAUGAUUUAUAAUUUAUAUAUUUAUAAUUAAAACCACUACGAAAAGCUUGAAUGCUUGAAUAAUAAAAACAAUGUUCUUUCAUA